UUCACAAAGGUGUCACUCUUCUCCUGACAGCAAUCUCUCUGGCCAAUGAGGAGCGAUCGUUCCCUGGCACACGCUUCAAACCCUCCACCUCCCUCAAAUAACCUGCCACCGACACGCUGACACACGUUUCUGCUUUAGGUGGUCACUGCGUAGCUAAACUUCGAGGUUAACUUUGCUGAAGACUAGGAAACACUCUGGCAGCUGCGCUGGAUUUAAGAGGUUUAUAAGCAGGUGCAGCAGACCUAGACGUUGUGGACAUUCACACAAAUCAAAGCAGCAUGCAGGAGAACAGCAUGGAUCAGCCCACGUCUUUAUCGCAGCUUCUGCGUGAGAGUUACCUGGCCGAGGGCCGAGCCCAUCACAGACACGGCGAAUCCAGCUGCAUAGACUCCCCUCGUCGCCUGGUCUACGGGACGCUCAAGGAGAAAGCAGACGACUCCAGUGGGAAAGUGGAUCCACAGUUCUCGGACCUGUCUGCCUUCCUGAGCCAGGAGGAACUGGACAAGAGCGUGGAUCUGGCCUGCAAAGCGUUCAGCAGCGAUCCUCGAGAACGUGAGGAGAGAUCCGACGCACCUCCAUCAGUGAGCCACUCUAAUCUUCCUUCCAACAAACCCUCUCCAGAAGCAGAGGUCAUUUCGGAAAGACACACAGUCCAGACUCCCAUUCAAGACAGUGCGAUCAGGAACGUCAGAAGAGCUAGGGAACCUGCGGCGGAUUUCAAAAGACCUCAGAGAAAUGCUCCUUACGGCUUGGAGACCCAAUCCAAGAAGGAGUUCCUCAACAAAGCAGCUGACUUCAUAGAAGAGCUUUCAUCUCUGUUUAAAGCCAGCAGCUCCAAGAGAAUUCGGCCUCGUACCUGCAAAACCCACCGGAGCCGAUGCCAGAACAAAACCCAGCCUGAUGGCACUUCAUUCUCCAUUAAUGCAGAAGAUCGAGAGAGGCCUAUUCUGCUCAACCAACAGAUGGAGGAGCCGAUGGAGAACAGUGGAGACACGGAGGAGCCGUAUGAGGCAGAGGAGCAUCAGGAGCCGGAGAUGGUGUGUGAGGAACCGGCUCUGAUUCAGCCUGAGAGCUCGGAGGAACCCGUGUGUGAACCUCCGCACUUUAUACAGAAACUCAAAAGCAGGGAGGUUUCUGAGGGCAGUAAAGUCCAGUUGGAUUGUAUCGUCAGAGGACUGCCUGCUCCUGAAGUUCGGUGGUUUUGUGAGGGUAAAGAGCUGGAAAACAGUCCUGAUAUUCAGAUCAUCGCUAACGGUGAGCGACACUCUCUGAUCAUAACAGAGGCGUUUGAAGAAGACACGGGCAGAUACUCGUGCUUUGCCUCCAACUUUUAUGGCACAGACUCCACCUCAGCAGAAAUCUACAUUGAGGGAGCGUCUUCGUCAGAUUCUGAUGUAGAACAACAUUUUCAAGCACAACUCCAUAAAAGAUCUGCUCAGCCCAACCCUGCUGUGGUCUUGGUAGAACCCAUCACAUGCACGUCAGCUGAAGAUACCAUACCAACUAUAACAAACACCUGCGCUGAACCACCAGCACCUUCUGACGCAGAAGAAGUGCCACUGACUGAGCUGAUUGCUGACUCAACCUCUAAACAGGAAGAUACAGAACUUCUGAGUUCCAAAGCUGUCAGCUCUGAAAUACCUGUACUAGAAUCAACCGUACCUUUAUUAGAACCUCCAACACCGAUAUCUGAGGUGGAGCCCACUCCACCUAUUCCUUCACUGCCCAUUGCACCACCAUCACCUCCAUCACCUCCAUCCAGCCAAAGUGUCUCUGAUAUACUGUUAACACCUCAUCAGAGCAAUCCUGAGAAUCUAAAUGGCAGCAGUAGUUAUCUUCAAAACUUCGAUGUAAGGCCCAUAAUGGCAGCUCCUGUUUUUACAAAGAACCUCCAGGAUAUCCUGGCUGUAGAGAGUCAGCUGGUAGUUCUGGAGUGCAGAGUAAAAGGCAUUCCCUCCCCUAAAGUGGACUGGUACCGGGAAGGAACACUUAUUGAAGAUUCUCCAGACUUCAGGAUCCUCCAGAAGAAACCAAGAUCCAUGGCUGAAUCUGAGGAGAUAUGUACUUUGGUUAUUGCGGAGGUCUUUCCAGAGGAUUCUGGAACAUUUACCUGUACAGCCAGCAAUAAAUAUGGCACAAUUUCCAGUACUGCAGCAUUGAGAGUAAAAGGACACAAUAAUAACAACAACAACCCUAAAACAACAAGCACUUUAACAGUGGAAUCCUCCCUCCAGAAGGUUCCAACAACAGAACUGAUAUCAACAACUUUAAAGCGUAAGCCAGAUGUUCCACUGGUAAACAACAACCUUCACUCAAGUAUGAUUUGCCUUGACCCUUUGAGCUCUGGAUUAAAGCAUACAGACCUUCAGGAUUCUGGAACUCUUUGCUCAGAAUCCCUAAAUCCUAGUACCCUUCGCCACAACCUCACCACUAGCCUUCCUAGUCUAAACCCUCUCAGCAUUGGAAAAUACAGCACAGAUACUUUCAGGACUAGUUUACCUCAGCUAGACCCUCUCAGCUUCAGUUCUUCUUCACUGAACACAGACUCAAACCAUAAGUCUCUCAGCUCUAGCACAACACACUUUGAUUCAGGAGGGUCUGGUUUUAACCCUUCCACAGAAGUAACCCAAUGUCCAUCAAACGGAUCAGCCUCCGGCAUCACUAUGAGCUCUGAUGCCUGGGUUGAACCAUCACCAAAUGGUCCAAAAUCUACCCACAGCCCUUCUGUAACUAGUCUCCCACCAGAAAACUCCAGUAACCAUCAAGAGCGACCACCUGUUAAACCCCUACCAGAACCCCCAACUUCUUGCCUCAAGACAAGACCUGAGGGUGUGUUAGGGAAUCACAAUGAAUCCCCGCUCUAGUUCUCUCGGGUUGGCUCUCGGGUCGGCCUCCGUGUAACCUUUAAACUCCCGGAGGAUGAAGAAGAGGAAGGAAUGUCAUCCAAAGAACCACCACCAGUGUUGGCUAAACCAAAAUUAGACCCAGUGCAGCUUCAGAUCCUCCACAACCAGGUGCUUUUGGAACAGCAGCAAGAAAAUGUUUCCCCAAGCCAAGAUUCACCACAUUUAGACGGGACAAGUUGUGAGUCAACACCUGUCAAGCCAACUCAACCUCCAGCAAAUCCAGCGCCAUCACCACUCCAACAACCUCCUCUAUUAAUGAACUCUGCUCCAAUUCCACUGCCAAUCCUUGAAUCUGUCCCUCUACUUCCUGCAAUACCUGCUCCCAUUUUAAAAGCUGUACCUGUAUCCCAACUGAGCAUGCCUUUAACCAAUUCCAUGCCCUUGCCCCAACUUACUCCAUCAGCCACAACCUUACACACCCACCCUCCAAUACUUCAACCAAAUCUGAUUCCUACUACUUUAAGUACUUUUCCACCAGGUAUGGUUCCCUCUACCCUACUAACCCAAACGAAUGUGGUGCCCACUCUUCCUCAGCUGAAUAUAGGGCCAGUCUCACCCAAUGUGGCUUCAGUCACCCCUAUGCCAAGUGUGAUACCAACAAUCCCAAUAACUCAGCCUGGAGGAGCUCCCAACAUCCCUAUCCCUCCAAAUGUGGGACCUUCUGCACCUUUUCCUCAACUUAUCAUGGCUCCAACAACCCAACCACCUAACCAUGUGGUCAACAUGCCACCCAUUACUCCUUCCACUCAUAUUUCACAAAUAAACAUGAAUCCAACCAGAACACAGGCAUUGAUGAUACCUGAUGCAUUAGCAUUGAACAACACUGCACCAAAGAUAAACACCACCUCAAAUUCUCAUCCCAGCCUGGCUCCACAAGACACAUAUUCUCAAGCUGUGUCUUAUCCAUCCCUGAGUAAAAUCACCUCACCUCAUCUGGUGAGAAAUCAACCUGCACCCAUACCGAGUCCAAUGUCUCCACCUCCGGUCCACGACACCCAGCCUCCACUUCCUGGGAUUAUUCCAGUCUCCACCCAGAGCUUCAGCUACACAAGGCCAAAGGAGUUCAUCACUGCCCAGAUGAUCUCUCCUAUGAGGAGUCCUUCCCCAACUGAGUCUCCUGUUCCAAUGCUCCACGAGUUAGCUGCACAGAUAUUCCCGAAGUCGACACGGGAGCUCAUGUCGCCCGUCAACCAGUUAUCUCCAUCCCCAAGAAAGUUCCCAACAAGAGUUCUAGAGUGUCCAAGCAGCCCACCAUAUGUGUCCUCACCACCUCUACUGCCUCCCGGGAUGGUGAAUUCAGUGUUUUCUUUUAGACCUCAGUCACCCCUACAAGCUUCUUCACCAACGUCUAGCAGCUCCACCCCUAGCCCCAUCCAAAAUCCAGUGGCCUUCCUUAGUUCAGUCCUUCCUUCACUUCCAACAUCUCCUCCAACCAAUGCCAUGGGGUUGCCUAAGAGGGCCCCACCUGGGCCCCAAGCUGCACUGAAAAAGAAUCAAAGAGGUUCCAGACUCAUGUCUGAUGACGACAUCCGCGGGAGCAAGGAAGCGCUUUUACAAGAUAUUGAGAAGAAGUUGCGAUUUAAAGAUGAACAGCUUCAUUUUGGGCAGCAGAAGCCGAAUUAUUGGGGGGAAGUGAGCCGCCCGCUCGGACCAAACAUUCCCACCGCAACUGUCAUUAACUAUGACGAGGAAUACAAGGUGUCGAGCUUUGAGCAGAGGCUAUUGAGUGAGAUCGAGUUUCGUUUGGAAAGAACUCCAGUUGAAGAGUCGGACGAUGAAGUUCAGCACGAUGAAAUUCCCUCCGGAAGAUGCAUCGCGCCCAUCUUCGACAAGAAACUGAAGCACUUCAGAGCUGUGGAAGGGAUUCCUGUCACAUUUACCUGUAAAGUUGUUGGAAUUCCUGUUCCUAAAGUUUACUGGUUUAAGGAUGGGAAGCAGAUUUUGAAGAGAAACGAGCACUAUAAGAAGAUCAGAGAGGGUGAUGGGACGUGUUCGUUACACAUAGAAGCCGUCACAAGUGAUGAUGAUGGCAAUUAUACGGUCAUGGCAGCGAAUCCACAGGGUCGAAUAAGCUGCUCUGGACAUUUGAUUGUCCAAACAGGUCCCGUGCGAAACCGGCCCAUGGUUCACUCGCAGAGGUGAACAAGUUUUAUAGACUUGCGUGUGUAAUAUUUCUGUUUUCAAGAGCGCUUCUUUCGUCCGCACUUCCUGCAGGCUCCGGGAGACAUGUCGGCUCACGAGGGACAGCUCUGUAGGUUAGACUGCAAGGUGAGUGGGUUACCUCAUCCUGAAAUCAUGUGGCUCCUGAACGGGAAGCCCAUAUAUCCAGACCUCACUCAUCGCAUGCUUGUGAGAGAAAAUGGCAUCCAUUCUCUAGUUAUUGACCCUUUGACUCAAGCUGAUGACGGGACGUACACCUGCAUCGCCUCAAAUAAAGCUGGACAGAGUUCAUUCGGCCUCCAGCUCAAAGUAGUGGAAAAAGAGCUGAAGCAGGCGCCUCAUUUUGUGGAAAAGCUGCAGAACACGGGCAUCGCUGAGGGCACCCCGGUGCGUCUGGAGUGCAGAGUCGUGGGAAUGCCGCAGCCGCUCAUCUACUGGAAGAAAGACAACGACACAAUCCCUCACUCAGUGGACAGAGUCAGCAUGCAUCAGGACACUACAGGUUAUGUUUGUCUACUGAUUCAACCGACCAGAAAGGAAGAUGCUGGCUGGUACACCGUGUCUGCAAAAAAUGAGGCAGGGAUCAUAUCAUGUACAGCCAGACUAGACAUAUAUGCUCAGUGGUAUCAGCACGUUCACCCACCGAUGAAGAAAGCGCAGCUCAGCGGCAGUCGAUACGCUGCUCUCACCGGACAGGGUCUGGAUAUAAAGUCAACCUUCCCCAUGAGUGACAACGGCCUCGUCAUAUUCUCCGCCUCCCAACCAGAGCGAACGGCAGAAAGUGAAGAGCUGUAGACGCUCGCAGCAGAUCUUUUAAACUAGCAAACAAGAAUCUGAUGUCUCUGCACUCGUUUGUAGUCGAAGUACAAAUGUCCUCACCCUCAGGUCAUGUGAGAUCAGGAUGAGUUUGUUUCUUCAUCAGAUUUGGAGAAAUGUAGCAUUGCAUCACUUGCUCUGCAGUGAAUGGGUGCCGUCAGAAUGAGAGUCCAAA